AUGUCGACUCUAGAGCAGGAGCUCCUCGCCGAUUUUGCGGAUGUAGGGUCCGAUGAAGAGCAGGUGGACAUGGGAGGAGACUACGAAGAUGACCUGGCCGACCUCGCGAAAGACUUUGGCGGCGGCGCAUCCGGCGACGAAGAUGGAGACGAGGAUAUGGCAGACGAGGAAGCCGACUACGCAGCAAAGCAGAAGAAACAGAAGGGACCUGCCGAUAUCCGGGGCGCUGCGAACCUGAUUUCUAAACUGAACCCCAUUCUGAAGCAGAUCGAGGAUGUCAAAGAUAAGAUGGAAGAGGUUAUGGACGGCGAAUCGAUUGAGGAUAAUCCCGAAUACCAGCUCCUCAAAGACGCCAACGAGAAUUCAACUCAGAUCGAUGAUGAGAUUACGGCUGUGCACAAGUUCAUUCGCGAUCACUACUCACUCCGGUUUCCGUACCUCGAGGAGCUCAUCAAGAAUCCUGUUGAUUACGCUAGGACUGUCGCCAUCAUCAAGAACGGCCCUUUGGACAGCAUCAAAGAGAUUGCUCAAAGUUCAGAUAACAUAGUCGGGAUACCGCUGAAAAAUAUCUUGGAGGGCCCUCAGCUCAUGGUCGUCACAGUCGAAGCUUCACGAGCAGGGGGACGAGACCUUAACGAUGCAGAGCUUCAAUCCAUAUUGGACGCUUGCACCAUGCUCCUCGACCUAGACAAGGCCAAAGGCAUCCUUACCGAAUACGUGCAAUCGCGCAUGAGUGUCUUCGCGCCCAACCUCACCAUCUUAAUCGGCUCACUGACUGCCGCCCAACUUAUCAACUAUGCCGGCGGCCUUGCGGGCCUUGCAAAAACACCUGCGUGCAACAUCCCCCCACUAGGUUCCAACAAAGCCACCGGCCUCGGCUUCGCAACCAACGUAGGCAUCCGCCACCAAGGCUUCCUCUACCACAGCCCAUUGCUUCGAACCGUCCGCCAGGAUCUGAAGAAACAAGCCAUGCGCAUCGUCUCCGCGAAACUCAUCCUCGCCGCCCGCGUGGACAUGGUGCACCAAUCGCAGGACGGGUCCACAGGCCAAGAACUCAAAGACGAGUGCGAACGCCGCCUCGACAAGCUCACGGAGCCGCCCAAAAAUCAGGGUGUGCGAGCGCUGCCCGCCCCAGACGACAAGCCCUCCCGCAAGCGCGGUGGACGCCGCGCAAGGAAGGCAAAAGAAGCCACCGCCAUGACGGAGAUCCGCAAAGCGCAGAACCGCAUGGCGUUCGGCAAGGAGGAGAAAGAGGUCGGCUACGGCGCGGGCGACUCCACACGCGGCAUGGGCAUGAUCGGCGCAACAGACACAGGCCGCAUCCGCGCGCACCAGAUCGAUCCCAAGACGCGCGCGAAACUCUCCAAGAAGAAUCCUGGCUGGGGCGGCGACACCGCUCUCAACGGUGCAAACACGUCGCUCAGAGGCUUCGGUGCCGGCGGUACAUCGACAAGUAUGCGUGCAUCCGGUCUGCGGACGGGCGGCGUGGGCCUUCCUGGUGCGGGGACGAGCUCCAUUGCGUUUACGCCUGUGCAGGGGCUCGAGCUUGUAGAUCCGAAGGUGAGGGAGGAGAUGAAUCGGAAGAGGAAGGCGGAGGAGGACAGGUGGUUCAAGGGCGGGACGUUUACGCAGUUGAAUGGGACGAGUACGGCAAAGGUGGAUAGCGGGGGAUUCAAGGUGCCUGCGUUGCCGGCGAAGAGGCAGAAGUAG